AUGAUUCUUUUGCGGACUGAGUGCGAACUCGUUUCUCUGGAAGAUUCGCUCGAUUAUGUUGUUUCGAAGAUUUUCAAAAUUCCUGUGCUUAGUUCGUUUCCGAAAUCUGGCUCGAAUUCUCAGAAUGUCUCUGAGAAACCUGCCAAGAAGGUGAAGACAGACGAAGAACCCGUAGAAGGACUUCCUACCAAAGAAGGAGCGAAUUUCACUAUUGUCAGCUGGAAUGUGGCUGGAAUGCGAGCCUGGGUCAAGGUCAGUUUCAGUGCUUCCACGAUUCAAGUGAAAAAUUGA